CGACGACGACGCUUCGAUUCACCGGCCUCCACGCUCAUUGUCGACAUUGACGACCACCACGCUCAUUCAGGAUACACAUCCACGACAUUCCUUACCUCACCCGCCGGUCCAAUCGUCGCCGACCUUGCUGCAUUCCACCCUCCGGCCACCUCACCCGCCAAGCACAACAUCUGAUCUUGAGAAGCGAAUCACACACUUCCACUCCAUCCCGCAACCCAUCCAUCCUUAACAUCAACAUGAAGGCCGGUCUCCUCACUAUCGCCGCCCUCGCCGCGGGCGCUUCCGCCCACGCCGUUGGCCACCAGCAUCAACACCAACAUCAACAUGCGCACAGGCGAGAUGAAAACGUCGUCUACCAGUACGAGGUCGUGACCGUCGUCGCUCCUCCUCCUGGUUACCAAGCUGCCGCUCCCUCCGCUGCUCCAGGCUAUCAGCCUCCACCAGCCCCAGCGAGCAACCCUCCUUCAUACCAGCCACCCAAGCAGAACAAGCCUCCAGCUCACACCCCGCCCAAGGAGAACAAGCCUCCAGCUUACAACCCACCCAAGCCUGCGUCCACUUCCGCUGCUCCACCACCUCCAAAGCAAGACUCUCCCACCAACAACAAUGGCAGCACCAACGGACUCGGCCUCACCUACACGCCAUACACCUCCGCUGGUGGCUGCAAGUCCGCGGAACAGGUCAUGGCCGACUUCGAGAAGUGGGACGGAUACGGUCUGUACCGCAUCUACGGCGUCGACUGUGACCAAGUCUGCAACGUCAUUGCGGCCGUCAAGGCGAAGAACGCCAAGAUCAUGCUCGGUGUGUUCGACAUCGCCAACGUCGAGACUGAAGUCCAGACCAUCAUCUCCGACGUCAACGGCGACUGGUCGAUUGUGGACACCAUCUCUAUCGGCAAUGAGCUCGUCAACAAGGGCACCGCUGUUGAGGCCGUCCUUGCUGCCCUCGAUACCGCGCGCAGUCUCCUGACCGCCGCUGGAUUCACCGGAGCCAUCGUGACCGUCGACACCUUCAACGCUGUGAUUGCCAACCCACAGCUCUGUGAGGCGUCCGACUACGCCGCCAUCAACUGCCACGCCUACUUCGACGCCACCGGUACCGCUGGUGGCUCUGGCGAUUUCGUCGCCAUGCAAGUUCAACGCGUCAAGGAGGCCUGUGGAGGCAAGCGUGUCGUCGUCACGGAGACUGGCUGGCCAUACCAGGGUGACGCCAACGGUAACGCCGUCGCAAGCAUUGAGAACCAGGCAAUCGCCCUCGCCUCGAUCAAGAGCAAGUUCACCGAGGACUGCAUCCUCUUCUCUUCCCUCAGUGAUCACUGGAAGGUGAACACUCCUGCAACCUUCAUGUGCGAGCAGUAUUGGGGAAUCUACGACCACGGCAACUAGAUGGGUGGUUUUCCAUCGAUCCAUGGGAAACGGCGUUAUGAGACUUCCUACUCCACGUCAAUGCUGGUUCUGUGCGAUGUCCUCUGCGUGUACAAAAUGCGCUCGACAGAUGACGGCAGAUGCAGGGAGAGAGGACUAUGCAUGGGUGGCGUUCUUCUUCCUUCCUUCUCUUUUAACCCAUUUUGGUGCGUUUUCGGGUGGAGCAUGAGGAGGACUGGCUUUUCUUCUCAACGGUCCGCUUCUUGGACAUGAGGGAAGGAAACGACAGCAGAUGGUGCGAUCUGUUAUGGAGAUCGUGCACGCUGCGGGUCAGUGGUCCGCCAGGAAUGGAGGAGUAUGAGACUUUCGUCGAAAUAGCUUCUUUACCUCUUCUGCUGUGAAUGAACGAGUUGUCGCAUCAG